CCAGUAUAUUACAUACGUGAAGUAUGAUUAUUGACCAUUUAUGUUCAUACAUUUAAAAAAACAACUACCACAGCACGUGACGUCGCAGAGACGCUGUUGUAAAAAUUAGCGAAAGGAGGAAUAGAUGUAGUCAUGCGCGGGACAGAUUAUCUUCCAUGUACAGUGAUGUACAUAUUGCGGAGCGACACUGCUGAUUGAGAAAACAUGACUUCCGGGUAGCCCUCCCACAAUGCAUUGCGGUCGCAGCAACCCGGAAAAGGAAACAGUGAAUCUCUCAGCAACGGAAUCGACGUGUUUGUUGUAUUUUUUAUUGUUAAAGUCAGUUGCAGGCGAGUUUUAUUGAAUAGGAACAACACGACAUCGUUUUUAAUAGAAGUUCAGAAGUGACGUUCAUGCUCUCAGCAGCUUAGGCGGCGCUUGUUAGCAUUAGCUAGCUGACUAAUUGCUUGCUAACCCCAAAACAACAACGACGAGGCUUGUUGACUUGAAAGUGCUGCUGGGUUGAAUCGGUCCAGUUAGUCGUUUACAGACACGGAAUUUGGCUUCCACCAGGAUGAACUCCGACGAGACCGCAGCGCCCACGAAAGCCGUCCCGGAGGAUGAUGGCAUGACUUGGUGGUACCGAUGGCUGUGCAAGAUAGCUGGCGUCCUAGGAGGAAUAUCAUGUGCCAUCGCAGGAGUGUGGAACUGUGUCACAGUCAACCCUUUAAACAUCGCCGCCGGGGUGUGGAUGGUGUUGAACGCCUUCGUGCUGUUCCUGUGCGAGGUUCCCUUUUGCUGCCAGUUUGUCGAGUUCGCAAACGCCAUCGCGGCGCGUGCGGACCGCUUCCGACCCUGGCAGAAAGCCUUCUUCUACUGCGGGAUGGCGCUGUUCCCCAUAUUCCUCAGUUUCUCCUUCACCACAUUGUUUGGAAACGCCAUCGCCUUUGCCACGGGGGUCCUGUACGGCCUGGCGUCUUUAGGCAAAAAAGGCGACGCAGUGACGUACGCCAGGCUGCAGCACAACAAGCAGGGCGACGAAGAGAGGAUGACCGGGACGACAGAGUGAGCCCUCCUGUCGUGCUUCUUCCUCCUCCAAUCUUUGUUUUUGACUGCAGUCCUAACAGAGGAACGUUCAUCCCUCUCCUGCACCCAUCUACCUCCUCCUCCUCUUCCUCUCCUUGCUGUCACGACGGAACAGCUUUUAUUUAUGUAUUUAUUAUGCUGUCAUUGGACUUGCCGUAUUCAUCACCUGAGCGUGCAAGACAUUUCUUCCUUUUUAUGGUUUUUUUUUGUUUCUUGCACUGUUUCGCUGCUAACUGUGUUUAGCCCACAAGCCCCUUUCUUCAGGACAGGAACAGUUUGCUGAUUGUGUGAUGUGCUUAUAUGACUCAAGAUUUUCAUUAUUUUUGUGAUUGCGCAGCUUGAAACUUUUGAGUGACGUCGCCUUUCCUGACUCGCGAUGGCUUCUUUGCGGCCUGAGCUUGAAUGUAUUUAUUGUUUGUUUCUCGUGGCUGAGAUCAUGAAGUCUUAGCCGCUGGCCUGAACCUUUGCUCACUUGCAGUUUUAGCAGAACGAGCCAGAAUAUUAUAUUGUAUUUUUGCGUUUGUAAAAAUGUUUGUAUUUACCGUAUUUCCUCAUAGAGCGCCACUUUCUCUUGAAUUUCACCGUAAACGUCAGCUUUACCGAUGCCCAACCGUGUGUGUUGGCCAUCACUAAUCGUUGUCUUCUUAUUAAGUAUAGUGCAACCUCAGAUUUUGUUUGUAAUUCGUUCCAAAAGGUCCGUCUUCUACGGCUUUUCCAAAGUCGGGUCACGGGGGCAGCAGCCUAAGCAGGGAAGCCCAGACUUCCCUCUCCCUGGCCACUUAGACCACCUCCUCCUGGUGGAUCCCGAGGCGUUCCCAGGCCAGGUGAGAGACAUAGUUUCUCCAACGUGUCCUGGGUCUUCCCCAAGGCCUCCUCCAAGGUCCAGGGAGGCGUCUGGGAGGUAUCCUGACCAGAUGCCCGAGCCACCUCGUUUGGCUCCUCUCAAUGCGGAGGAGCAGCGGUUCUACUUGUCUGAAUAUAAGAAACGUACAAAGGCAACUAGACGCAAUUGAGUCCAAAUGGAGUGCACUACUUGGCUGCAACCAGCAGAGGCACUGUUCGUUCAGUCUCUACUACACUGCGUUCCAAGUCAUUAUGCAAAUGGUAUUUUCCUCUGAUUUUGCUUUUCCUGAUUUUUGGUCUUUUUCACACCUUCAGUGACCAUAAAAGGCCUACCAGCUCUCUCCCAAUGAUUCCGAACCAAAAGAUGACUCAGCCACCUUCUUGCUGACAUCACAGCCUUGUAGAGAUAUGCUGGCCACACUGUUUGCUGCUUUGUAAAGGCUUUUUAGCAGGCGCUCUCUUCAUUCCAUACAUUUGUUGGGCAGAAACCUUUCCCAUGAUGCAUCCUGGCUGUCAUCUGAAUCAGCCACACAUUUCUUCACCACAUGAAAGUUUCUGUGCAUGAUUGAAUGUUUUCAGGCCUUGUCCAAGGCACCCUUGGACAAGGCCUGAAAACCUUUUUCUUUCCCAUAUUGCUUGAAAUCUGUGGCAUGCUUAAUCAUGUGGAACAUCAUUUUUAAGUAGUUUUCUUUUAAUUGGGCUCACCAGGCCAACUAAUUAUGACAGUCAUCCAUCCAUUUCAUUGAAAAACAACAAAUUUAUUUGAUACUAAAUUGCUAUUUGCUUAAUAAUUUGGAACACAGUGUAGAUUGCUGUCUAAAGAAGUACAAAAUGAUGUUAUUUAUGUGCGACAUCCACUACAGGCAACGUUAUUCUAUGGAUUUAUGAAUUAACAGAGUAUUUUAAAAGUAAUUUAUUAAUUUUUGCCAAUUAAAUAAGGAGAUGUAGUCAAAUGCCCACCCGUAGAUGUGGUAACCAUGAAAUGAAUGGGGAGGCAGCUACUUGAGGACAUAUGGUAUUUAACAACCUGUUAGUGGUUCCUUUCACUUUCCCUACCAAAACCCGUCAAAGACUUAAAAAGGGACACGGAACGAUUGCCCAUCACCAUCAGAUUCCUGCUUUGCCUUUGUUGUGCUGGUGUUGUGCAAUGUACGAUUUGUGUUGCUUGUGUGUGUGUUUGUUUUAUUAAUCGUCCCUAAUAAGGAAAGUUUGGGAGCAAAUGUUUACGUCUCACAGCAGUUUACUGGCUGUCACUUCCUGCUCUCAGGUACAAAAGCACCAAUAUAGACACACAGGUGACCUUCACACGUUCAUGUAGAAGCCACAGGGAGAUGUGGAGAAACGGAUGAAACAAAACCAGCUGCUGUGUGCUUUUCCUUACGGGAUGUGUGGACAUUGUGUGUUGUGACUUGAAUCUUCUGAUUGGUCAAUUAAACAAACCUGCAACUUA